AUCAGCUUUGGAAGGUAUCUUUGGAGUUCCGAGCAUGCAACCUUCGUCAGUUCUGAAGUUUUGCGGCUUUCAAAUGCUGAGAAGAUAGUUCAAGUUAAAAAGCUGCAAAUUUCUCGACAAACAUUUGUGUCUACAGACUUUGAGACAAACGUGCAGGGCCGAUUUAUUUUCCCGCCAAAUUUAAAAGUCUUACUGGCUCGCAUGGUUCUCUCUUUGUCAGAGUAGUAACUUGGGGGACAACGCCAAAGAUAGGCCAGAUUAACAGAGAAAAUGUCUUCCAAUUACUCAGCAUUAUGUCGCGCCCAGUUGACGUAUGAAUACCUGCAUACCAACAGCACAACUCAUGAAUUCCUGUUUGGUGCCCUUGCUGAGCUUGUUGAUAAUUCAAGGGAUGCUGGAGCAACAAAGAUGCACAUUUAUACCGUGGCGGACAAGCGUUACCGUGGAGGAUUUCAAUUAAACUUUUUGGAUGAUGGUUGCGGAAUGGAUCCAGUUGAAUUGUCCCAGGUCAUUCAAUUUGGAAGAUCUAUGAAGCGAAAUUCUGGCUCAAAUCAAAUCGGCCAAUACGGAAAUGGUUUGAAAUCUGGCUCUAUGCGGAUUGGCAAGGAUAUGAUCUUACUUACCAAAAAGGGCAGUACGAUGAGUUGCUUGUUUCUGUCAAGAUCGUUUCACGAACAGGAAAACAUCCACGAGGUCAUUGUUCCAAUGCCUUCGUGGAAUUCACAAACUGGGGAGCCAUUAGCUAAAGAUGACCAGGAAAGAAAGAGGUACGAAAUCGAAAUGGAAAUUAUUCUAAAGCAUUCUCCAUUUCGUACCGAAAAAGAAUUAUUGGAUAAAUUCAAUGAAAUCGAUGCAACCACAGGAACACUGGUCAUCAUAUUCAAUCUUAAACUGCUUGACAACGGUGAAUCAGAAUUAGAUCUUACUUCAGACGCUGAGGAUAUUCUUAUGAGAGAUCCACAUGCCAACGAAGAGUACGGAUUCGAUGAAUAUGUCCCCCCGGAGCGAACCUCGUUCCGGUCCUACACUGCCGUGUUGUACAGUGAACCACGUAUGAGAAUCUUUAUCCAAAAAAAGAAAGUCAGGACAAAGCGCCUAGUUAACAGUGUAUUCAAACCAAUAUCGUAUUCAUACACAUCAAACAGAUUCAGAACUAGGUCUGAAAAAGAGGUCGAAAAGGCCGAAUACGAGGCAAAGAUUGCGGAGGAAAAAGCCAAGGAAUUGUCUAUACAAGCAAAAGAAGCACUACCAAGGGACAAUUUGGCUGCAAAAAAUAACAGGCAUGAAGGCCAAGUGAGGCAGAUGAAAGCUGAACAAGCCAAGAUAGAUGCUGAGGUGAAGAGACGAAUAGCGGAAGAGAAAAAGAAGUCGUUAAAAGAGCCUAAGCAGUUAACGUUUACAUUCGGAUUCAACAUCAAUGCAAGGAAGUGUGAUGGGAUGUACAUUUAUAAUUGCAACAGGUUAAUACGAAUGUGUGAAAAGAUAGGCCCUCAACUUGAAGGGGGAGUAAAAUGUGCAGGCAUAAUAGGUAUUGUAGAUGUUCCAUAUCUAGUCCUUGAACCUACUCACAAUAAGCAGGAUUUCGCAGAUGCAAAGGAGUAUAAACAUCUUUUACGAUCGAUGGCCGAGCAUAUGUUACAAUAUUGGAAAGACUCAAAGAUCGAAGAACAUGGUGUUACAGCGUUUUGGGAAGAGUUUGGUUACACCGGUAGAUGGAGGGACGAUGCCUCAAAUGAGAGUAAAUUUUUACUUAAGAGGGCUAUGAGUGUGCCACUUUGUGUACAAUGUGAUUCAUGUCUGAAAUGGCGACAGCUGCAGUUCUCUCGAAAGCUUAGCUUGGAAAGCGUACCAGAAUUUUGGGUGUGCUCCAUGAACACGGAUAAUAAUUUCAAAACUUGUACAAAACCGGAACAAAAGCCAAAUAUACAAGCAGGAAGACUUCAAAAGGAUAUAAAGUCGGUUGAACAGCGAGCCGAGCAAGAUAUAAAAAGAUUAACUGACAAAUUAAAAAAGGCAGAGAAAAUCGCUGCCCGAGGCAAGCCCUCUCCACCCCCUCCCCCACCAACCACUACAGCUAGAAGACCAGUGAUAAAGCCAACAUUUGCUCCAAAACCCAGCCCCCCUCCAAGACGAUCGCCUAUCACCAACUCAAGAUCGUCAUCAAAAGCAAGUACUACUCCUAAGGCUGUUCAGAAGGCAUUGAAAGAAAUCAGUUCACCGGCGAAAAAAACAGCAUCAAAGAAGGUUGAGCAAAGCAAACGACGAAGAUCUCCAUCUCCUCCACCUAAAAAAGCCACCCCAUCGUCUGCAAAAUCAACGAAAAAGACCGAACCACCGGCGAAAAAAGAACCAGCGAAGAAACGAGCGGUUGUAGCCGAGUCAGAUGAGGAAGAGGAUGUUAAGCCUGUCAACACUAAACGAAAGAAAACUGCACAACCCGAAACAACAGAGGAGAAUGUGGCCACUUCAAGUGAAAAAGUUGAUAGUAGUACAACAGCGGCAACAGAAGAACCAAAGAAUGAAGCAAAAACGACUAACGAAGAACCAAAAUUCGAUACAGUCUAUCAACUAGAUACAAGAGUUGAGGCAAAAGUUAAUACCAGAUGGUAUGCUGGAAAGGUCAUCUCUUUGAAACACGGUGCUGGUUUGAACAAGAUCAAGGUGAAGUUUGACCUUCAUAGUCAGGACAAGUUUGAUAAAUGGUUUAGUGAAAACGACAAAAACUUACGACUGUUAGAGGAAGAUGACACGCAACCUGCAGAUGCAGAGGGAACACAGGCUGCCUCUCCCACUAACAACAACGAGAUAUCAUCUUCAAUCGCUUCACCCUCAUCGACUAAUGAGGAUCGUCUCCCAGAUAAUGACAAAUUACGAAGCUUGCAAGAACUGUUAGAUGGUGUCGUACAGAAAUUUAGACGGUGUCUUCAUUACUUCAGACCGCCUGAUUUCGUGAUAGAAAAGCACGACAUUCUGCACAACUUAACGCCAUACGAUCUAAGAGAUUUCGACCUGGGAAGGUUUGUUGCUGACUAUGAGAGGAGUAUCAGAAAACUCGUAGGAACUAGCGACACUGCGCAACACAAAGUGAAAGAGGAGGCCGAAAAACAAAUCCAGGAGCUGAUCAAAGAGAAGGAAGAGAAAGAUAAGGAACUUGAAGACGGUAAAAAGAAACUUGAUGAUUCCAAAGAGGAGUUACGGAAGCUGCGGCAGAAUGUUAAUGUUUUGAUAAAAAGCAUUGGAGCGCAAAUAGAACCGGAAGAUGACAGCGAGCACGUAGAUACAUUACUUAGUGCAAUUGUUCAAAGUAUCGGCGAAAGCAGCUGAUGAGUCCAAGCUUAAAACGAGAAACGCCUCGCAUACAUGUUGGAAUACAUAAACGAAAGAGAAAGGAUCCCUGACUCCAGAUGUCACUAAAGGUUUUAACCUGGAGCAGAGCAAAUCAGUUCUCGCACCACUUUGGUGUGACAUCAGCGAAGUUGAACGAACCUUGUAAAACCUUCCCUGCUUGUCAUUGCCUGUAGCGACGCUGAGAGUCACAUGUAGUAUCCUUAUAAGUACUAAAUGCUUGUGAAUCAAUGAUACUGCUAUUUGUGAACAAGCCAAUAUCAUAUUACGUUGUGAUCACGUCACCUUAUGUUACUCCAAAGUUUUUGGUUACUCCAAGAAGGGCCUUUUGUUUUGACUCUGUGAUGUUUUUAAAGGACAACUUAGAUAAAAAGUAAAUUUAUUAGUGAAUAGUAUGCUAAACCGAGAAGCAGCAAUGAGCGUAAAUGAUACCUAAUGUAAAUAUUCAGAUUAGUCUAUCCGUUGUUGAAGCUCUGAAUCCUAUGUAAGGCUCUAAAAUGCUUUGAUUUACAGCAAUUCAGGUUCUGAACAUUUGUGUUGCAAAAUACAUUCUUAUAAACCAAUCUCCCUUAUUUACACUUUUGCGCCAGUUAUUCUUUCUGUUCAGUUAUUCAUUCUUUCUGGUUAUCGAAUUUCUAAUUCAAUAACCAGUUGUUUUCGUGCUGAUAAAAUGGCUAACCAUUCUGUUUUGAUAAUAUAUAAUAUAUCUCGCCAAAUCUCUGUUUCGGUGCAGUUACUAUAGCACACACAGAAUUGCCAGAAAAGACGUCAUGUGCAGUAUAGUACCACAGGCUAAUUUUCACUUAAGUUUGAAAAAGUUCAACCAAUCUCUCGAUUUCUAUCAGGCCUUUUGAUUUGCUUUUUAGAAUUUCAUGCAAGCGAAGGACAAAUUUUUCUAUAUAUUCCGCCUUUAGAUGUUUAUAUGUUCCAGUUGAUUUUGUAGAGAGAUAUUUAUUAAUAUCAGUUUUUAUAGAAUAAGCAGUUUUGGUUAUACAAUAUUAUUAUUAUAUACAAAACCUCAUUUCUUUGUACAGCAUCAUGUUUUUAAAUGUAGAAAUAAUUUGAUAUUGCUUCCUCUAAAGCAAAUAAAAAUGUA